AUGCACUGGACCAAUGUUCUCACAGCGGCCAUCAUGCCCUUGACAGGCGUACGGGCAGCCAUGCUCCGAUUCUCCUGCUCCCAGCUCGUCGUCGACCGUCUCGACCCUCUCGUCAACCCCGGCCAAGUCCCGUCUCCCCAUCUUCAUCAAAUCGUCGGUGGAAACUCAUUCAACGUCACUAUGGACCCCAAUAUCAACGACAUCUCCGAAUCCUCAACCUGCACCUCCUGCCAGUUCACCGAAGACUUCUCCAACUACUGGACCGCCGUGCUCUUCUUCAAAGCCCGAAACGGCACCUAUAAGCGUGUCAACACCAUCGGCAACGGCCUGGGCUACUCGGCAUCCAACGGAGGCCAAACAGUCUACUACAUCUCCAAUGGCCCGGUCACAGCCUUCAAGCCCGGCUUUCGCAUGGUAGUGGGCAACCCCGCCUUCCGCACCCAAGCCCAAGCCCGCACCAAUCCAGCCCUGCAGUUCACCUGCCUUGCCUCCCCCAUGACGCGCUCAGGAUAUCGAUAUGACUUCCCCACCGACACCUGCGCAGGAGGAAUCAUGGUCACCGUCCGCUUCCCUACCUGCUGGGACGGCAAAAACACCGACUCCCCCGACCACCAAAGCCACGUUGCCUACCCCGUCAACCGGAACUGCCCCUCUACCCACCCCAUCAAGAUCCCCGAGGUGUUUUAUGAGACAUACUGGGACACCCGGCCGUUCAACAACAAGGCGCUCUGGCCAGCGGAUGGGUCGCAGCCGUUUGUGUGGUCGUUUGGUGACAAGACUGGGUAUGGCAACCACGGGGAUUACAUCUUUGGGUGGAAGGGGGAUGCGCUGCAGCGGGCGAUGGAUGCGAACUGCAAUAGUGAUUUGAUUCAGGACAGGCUGAACUGUCCGACGCUGAAGAGCCAGAGUAUUGUCAAUGCGAACAAGUGCUCGAUUCAGAGGAAGGUGAAGGAGGAUUUGGAUGGGUGGUUGGAGGAGUUGCCCGGGGGUGGGAUGGAGUAG